GACUCAUCACAAAACAAGAAUAAAGGUGCUGAUAUAGAAUACGAGAAUGCUUUUGAUCUAACACGCAAGCUUGAUAACAUAGCUGUAGAUAUCGAUAAGCAAUUUAGGUAUGCGGUGUGGGUUUCGUACGUAGAGAUUUAUAACGAAAAAAUAUAUGAUCUUUUGGAAGACCCUGGAAGCACCAAGCAGCCAGACAGUAAACGAAAGGCAUUGAUGGUAAAAAAUGAUAAGCGGACGGGAAAUAAGUAUCUUAGCGAUAUUAAAGAAGUUAGAAUACGCAAUGUAGAAGAUGGAUAUGCUGUACUUAAGCAAGGAAUGAAAAAUAGACAAAUUUUCUCAACUCUGGCUAAUGAAACUUCCAGUAGAAGCCAUUGCAUAUUUAUGAUAAAGAUAAUUAAGAUACCACAUGAUAAAGAUAUUACUGCCACAGAGUUAUCGUCGUCCCUUGUCGUAACAAGUCGGUUGUCAAUAGUUGACCUUGCGGGCUCAGAACGGACAAAAAAUGUGCAAACAACAGGUACGAGACUGAAAGAAGCCGGAAACAUCAAUCGAUCGUUAAUGGUUUUAGGGCAGUGUCUUGAAAUACUAAGAGCGAAUCAGGCGCGACCAAAGGGUCAAAAGCAUAUUUUGGUCCCUUAUCGUCAUAGUAAAUUGACGGAAUUAUUUCAGAGUUCAUUUGCUGAUGGUGAAUCUGUUAUGAUUGUUAACAUUAAUCCAGUCGAUACAGGCUUUGAUGAGAAUAUGCAAGUUAUGAAAUUUUCUGCAGUGGCAAAAGACGUUUGUACCUCAUUAAAGAAUAUUUCAAGCCAUUAUGGAUAUAGAGGCACAUUACUUUUUACACCCGAUAAGAAAUUUGGAAAAGAAAAUAAAACUUGUGAUAUCAGCGAUUCAAAGUCGGAAGAUAAUUAUGACCCAUUAAUUAACAUGCUUUUUGCACAAAUAGAAGAUCUUCGCGAAAAAUGGAUUAGUGCGGAGACGCGCUGUGGUGAUCUAAAGCUUGAAAUCCGCGAACAAGUCUCAGAUGAGCUAGCUGUUCAUAUGUCAAAUAUGGGAAAGAAAUAUAUGGAUCAGCAAAUUUUAACAGAGUCUCUAGAAAGGCAAAUGGAAAUUAUUCGUCGGGAUACUCAUUCUACUGUACAAAGUGGUAUACAAUCUUAUUUGAUUAUAUUCUCUAGUAAUCUAAUUGAUAAGGUAACAAUUAGCAGAUAUUCAAACUAUGAUAAUCAGUACAGAAACUAUCGCCGUGUAACACUAAUAUUACAUGAUUUGGAUUUACCAAAUAAUUUUGAAAUACAGGAAUUAGAAAAUGAUGUCGAAAAGUUGGAAAAUAAAUUAAGCAUUUGUGCUUCUUUGCUCAAUGAUAAAGAUACGCUUAUUGAAAAACUUCAAUUUGAAAAUAAAGAGUUAGAGAGACAGAUUCUUUAUAUUGCACAAAAAUUGGAUUAUGUUGAUAUUGAAAUCGAAGAACCCAAUUCAACUGAACAAGAACCGAAUGCAGUGAAUAUUAAUCAAAUUUCCGAAGAAUCUAAUUUAAAGGAAGCUGAAGAUUAUCUUUUCACAAAGCAAGAAUGUAUUGACAGAUUAUACACAUUAAAUACAGAUGAUAUUAUUGAGGAGUACGAUGAAGAGGCAAAGAGUAAUGUCAGUGAUAUUUCAAUAGCUAUCUAUGAGCCAAAUGAAAUUAAUCUUCAACAAGAGGAGGAGGAUCCACCCAGGAAGAGAAGGAAAUUGCGAAAUAAGAGGACUUAUUUCGAGACGGAGAUCGAAGAAAAUCUCAACCAGGUGUCGCCACCUAAAAUGAAGUUGGUAUCGAGCAGUAGAAAUAAUAAUCGAUUAAGGAAUGAUCGAUCAUUUGAUUGGUUUAAUCGUGACCGAUUAUAA